UCUGGGUAAUCUCUUAUUAUCGCGGGCUCAUCAGUCGCUCAGUCUCCCUCGACCAAGAUGGCGGGUCUCGGAGAUCUCGCUUCGCUCUCUGUAAUUGAGAAAGACUCGAAUGGUGAUGUGCUGUGGACCUGGUGUUUUCCCGCGGUCACCCCUGCCUUCCGGCAGAUAGUGAUGCGGAAAUGCUGUCUGAAUUCUGAGAAAGGACAGGAGUUGGUAUCCUUUUGCUAUGGGCAGCUUCAAAGAAAGUGGUAUUACCUAUAUACUACUGACGUGAAGAACUCGAGUGUUAUGCCUAAGGUAACUCAUGUCACAGUUGUCUUAUUGGCGAAGGAUUUCCAUCCUGAGAAGUACAGGAGCCUCACUAGACUCUUGAGCUCUGGACUCCUUGAUACUGGUAACCCUGCUGAAAUGCUGGAGCAGUAUCUGUCUGUCUUGACUAAAGGUAUCUGCUCUGAUAGUGAGGAUGGCAGCAUGUUUAACCUCAAAGAGUACAAUCCAAGGGCUGCAUUUUUAGAAAAGUCUCUAAAAGAUGUUGUUAACAUCUUUGGAGUAGAGACAAUUCUGGUCUACACGGCCUUGCUUUUAAAGAAAAGGGUUGCUGUCUACACUCCAAGAUUGCCGACACUCCUGGACAUUACAAGAACUCUACCAGUACUUGUGUGGCAUAGGCAAAACUGGUCCAUUUUGCACCCAUAUGUGGAUUUAGAGGAGGAUGAAAUUGAGGAGCUUAAGUCUUCAGUUACUUACAUCGCUGGUUUCACUGAUGCAUCCAUAGAGAAUAGAACAGAUCUUUACGACUUACUCAUGAAUGUGGCAACUGGUGAAGUCACCAUUCCUACCCACGCUAAAGAGACCUUCCAGAUGGGUAAGGUGCACAAAGACAUCGCAAUGUUCAUGGUGGAAGCCAGUAAGAAUGAAGAAAUGUCCGACCAAGCAUUUAUUAAGGAAUUAACAAACAAAACGAAAGACCUCGUGAACAACCUUCAGAAACUCGGCGUGGAUACGGAGGAUGGCAAGCCGCCAAAGAUCACUUUAGAUGGACUCAGGCAGCGCAAGCUGACAGCAAUCAUGGAGAACUUCCUCUUUAAUCUUGCUGCUGCGGAAGGCCUUGUGUAGUCAUUUCCUGUCCCGGGAAUAUUGCAUCGUCACUUCCUGUCCCGGGAAUAUUGCACCGGCGCAUGGUAAAGGCGUGUCUACACAUUUGUUACGUCAAUACAGAUUAUUUUUGAUUGAAUUGAAAGAUCUAGGAAGGCAUAGCUGGGUGUCCAUGGCCAAGUGAAGUGAAGCUUUACUAAUUUGUGCGACUCGUCACAAGUAAAUGAAUCUUUAAAGAGUGUGAGA